AUUGCGCUUACGAGAGCUUGCCGUCUAACGUUAACCCUGGACGGAUGAUUACAUAUAAGGCACAAUUAAGAUCCACUUGCUUGUACAUAUGUAUGUAUGUGUAUAUAUACAUAUACUAUAUGUAGCCUAAUUAAACAUAACAAGCUAAGUAUCAUUUGAAUGGGCUGUUUUCCCUUUGCAUCAAUGGGCGCGUUUCACCGGCAAGAUAAGUCGCUUUUGGUUUUAUUUUUCAUUUUUUUAUUUAUCCAUUAAAAACCCCAGUUUCAUCCUUUUCAUGUGCUUCGCUAUUUAUUUAAUAAUUCAUUUUUGGACGAUCAGGCGACGAACAUAGCGGAGUGACAAGAGAGGAAGGAGGACAGAUCAAGCCGAGGGAGGAAGGAAGCGAGGGAUCACGAAAACACAAACAGAAAGAAAACGACAGAUACCUAACAUAUAGCUCACCCUCAAAAGGUUUUAGAUAACUUCUUGGUGCUUGUCAUAACGGCGACUAAUUUGUGGCAGCAUACCGGGCGUUUAAUAAGCUUUUAUCAUUGCAUCCUACACUGAAGAGUCGUUGGAGUGUAAAAAAAAACUGAAGAGGAAAACCGAACACAACAACGCCAGAUAGCCUAUUGCAUCUUUUGAAGAGGCCCAUAAAAAGACUUAAUGUUGGACUCGCAGCAUUGCUAUUUCAGAAUUGCUUGUAUUCUUGAAUUUUGUUUUAUGAAAAAGACAAUAUCGAGGCUUUGAGAGGAAGGAUAGGAGGCUGAAAGCAAUCACUGGACAUAAAAAUAUUGCCUUAUCUAAAGAAGACAGAAGCGAAAGAAGAAUAAGCCAUCUCUGCUUUAAGAAUAAUAACUGCUGCAGCUCCUGUUCUUAAACAACCAGAUCAACCACGUCAUCGGGAUACUGAAGAAACAAUCAGAUUGCUGAUUGGCUGAGCUGCGGUGGGCCUUAAAGGCUAGCAACCAAUCAACAAUGAGUGAGCUGGAGCAGCUGCGCCAGGAGGCGGAGCAACUGAGAAACCAGAUUAGAGAUGCCAGGAAAGCCUGUGGCGACUCCACCCUGACACAGAUCACCGCCGGCCUGGACCCCGUGGGGCGGAUUCAGAUGCGAACACGCCGCACGCUCCGCGGGCACCUGGCCAAGAUCUACGCCAUGCACUGGGGCUCAGACUCCAGGCUUCUGGUCAGCGCCUCCCAAGACGGCAAACUGAUCAUCUGGGACAGUUACACCACUAACAAGAUGCACGCCAUCCCCCUGCGCUCCUCCUGGGUGAUGACGUGCGCCUACGCCCCCUCGGGGAACUACGUGGCCUGUGGAGGCCUGGAUAACAUCUGCUCCAUCUACAGCCUGAAGACCCGCGAGGGCAACGUGAGGGUCAGCCGGGAACUGCCGGGACACACAGGUUACCUGUCCUGCUGCCGCUUCGUUGACGACAAUCAGAUCAUCACGAGCUCAGGAGACACGACCUGUGCAUUGUGGGACAUCGAGACGGGCCAGCAGACCACGGUGUUCUCCGGCCACAGCGGGGACGUCAUGAGCCUGUCGCUGUCCCCCGACUACCGCACCUUUGUGUCGGGGGCGUGUGACGCCUCCAUCAAGCUCUGGGACAUCAGGGACAGCAUGUGCCGGCAGACCUUCACUGGCCACGAGUCCGACAUCAAUGCUGUCUGCUUCUUCCCCAACGGCAGUGCAUUUGCCACGGGUUCGGACGACGCCACAUGCCGGCUGUUUGACCUGCGUGCAGACCAGGAGCUCGGUCUGUACUCCCACGACAACAUCAUCUGCGGCAUCACCUCGGUGGCCUUCUCCCGCUCCGGCCGGCUGCUGCUGGCCGGCUACGAUGACUUCAACUGCAACAUCUGGGACGCCAUGAAGGGAGACCGAGCUGGGGUUCUGGCCGGCCAUGACAACCGCGUGAGCUGCCUGGGAGUGACGGACGACGGCAUGGCGGUCGCCACGGGCUCCUGGGACAGCUUCUUAAAGAUCUGGAACUGAGGAGCGGUCAUACUGUCCUUCAGCGUACACACACACACACACACACGCACACACACACAGGCAGCCAUACACAGACCGCUCCAAAAUCUGUACUAUAAAAUGAAAUGCAUUCAAAUUUCAGAAGACAUUUUACACACACCCACAUAAGCACUGUACAUAAAAUAUGUUAUACCUUGAUACACUGUAAACACACAGCCAUUGUACAUAAAGCGUUUGAGUUACAACAUGAAUGGAUAACUAAACCACCAAUGUACAUACCACAAACCACAGACAUGAUACAGUAACUACUGUACGCUACACACACACACACACACACACAGUGUAUUGCACACAUGUAUUACAGACACACCGUACUGUAUUGUACACACUGUGUACGCCAAUACAAAGUGCACAUAUACAGUAGACUACAAAAUUACGCAUGACGACCAAAACACACUCUCCACAUAGAAGAGCCUACAAAUCAUGUGAAGUCAGUCGACCAGUUGCAUACAGUAAGACACACUCGUUACACAUUGUGUCACAGACUUGCUCUCUUUUUCCAAAAAAAAAAAAAAAAAAACAUUAAAAAAAGGAAAAAAUAUUGGAAUUUGAGGAAAAACACACCUGGACCUCAAAAGAAAGAAGAGGAGAAUUCUGGGAAUUUUUUUUUUAUUAUUUUUUUAAUCCCUCCUUCAGACCUGUCUUUCCCAUCAUGCCCCUCUCUCUGUCAGCUAUAAAGGAGGAAGGUGGGGGGGCAUUCUGGGGACCGGUGCUCCCUCAAGCUCCACCCCUUGAUGCUGCUCUCUGACCAGUGUCCCAAGGGUGAGCACCUACCUGACCCGCUUCGCAACUGAUCAGAGAUCAGCGUUGCUGCAGAAUCAAGGGAGAAACCACUGCAGUUUAGAAUGCAGCCUUGACUGGGAGUGACUGAUGGCAACAGUGACCGAGAGAGGGAAGGACAGGGGG